UCUAGCUCCGCCUCGCCCUCCCUCGUUCAUGUAGCCUCACUCACUGUCUCUGUUCAAUGAAUUUCUUUCUUGCGUCAAGCCAUCGCUCUCACUACCUUCCCUUCAUCUAGUUCAUAAUUUCCAACGAAAAGAAGAUACACCGACACAAUGACCACCCCAGCCGUCCCCAGCCGCACCCUCCAAGCUUCCGCGCUGUCUUUUAUCGCCUUGUCGAUCGGCCAUACGCUAGGAGGCAAACAAUGGACCGCCGACCCGGCCUACACGAUCAUCAGCAACACCAAGCCCUGGGCGCUGGGCAUUGUGGGCUGGUUUCAGGGAAGCGCCUUCUUCUUCACGACCGGCUUACUCCACUACCAAUGGUCCCGCAACCCGCUCGCCCUGCGCGACCCGACCAACAAGGCGAUCGCCGUGAUCACCAACGCCAUGCUGUGGGCCAGCUCGGCGUGGUAUCUGCGGCAUGGCAUCCAGGAGAAUGCGGUCGUCGUGGGGUUGGGGGCUGUGCUGCAGGGGGUUGCGGUUUUGAGGAGUUGGUUUUGA